AUGGCGCUGUCCACCCCGACCUCCGUGGUGCUGGAGCUGAUGACGAUGGGACAGCAGUCCGCGGCGCACCUGGGGGAGCUGCUCAUGGCGGCAUCGCCGCCCAUGGUGGCGGAGCGCGGCCAGGCGCUCACCGCGGAGAUCCUCUGCUGCUGCGACCGCGUCAUCGCCGCGAUCAGCGGGGGCGCCACCAACAGGAAGAGAAAGGCGGCCAUGGAGCACGGCGUUCUUAUGCCAUCCAAAAGAAGGUCGCGUAGUGGUGCGGAGGUGCGUCGGGAGGUCCGGAGCGGGACGACUGCGGACGGGUUCGUGUGGAGGAAGUACGGGCAGAAGGACAUCAAUGGAAGCACCCACCCGAGGUUCUACUACCGCUGCGCGUACAGCGCCGAGGGCUGCGGCGCGACUCGCCGGAUUCAGCAGUCGCAGGAGCACCCCGCGGCGUUCGUCAUCGCCUACUACGGCGACCAUACGUGCGGAGCUGGCGUCGGCGACGCGUGCCAUCAGGCGGCACCGCCGCUGCCUCCUGCUGUCAUCGACCCAAACGCUGGCGGAGUAGUCGGUUUCUUUGAUCAAUAUCAGAACGUGGAAUCUCCUCAACCGUCAGAGCAGAGUUGGCGCCGUCAAGGCGAGGCUCCCUGCAGUGAGACGUCUCGGGGACGGUGGUCGUCGUCUUCCUCCACCUCUUCAUCGGAAGCGGAACUCGGCACUUCUCCUGUAAUGGAGUUUCUGGAGGGCGGCCUCGGAUUAGGAUGGGAAUGCGCCGUCAACUACCUUUGUUUCACCGAUCUCGCUCAGACCGGUGUGAUUUAG